GCACCUGUUCACAAGCUCCCGGGGAUCCCAGGUGCGGGCAACCGGGAAAUUCCACGCCCCGCGGAGACCCGCCAGCUCUGGGGAGGGGAAAGGGGGACGCGCAAUCCAGUGACGCUCCCGGGCAAAUAUCCCAGAUUGUGCCUUUUUAGCCAAGAAGUAUGGAGGUGAUUCAUGGCAGGCCCUACUGUUGCAGGGAGUUAGAAAGAGCUGACAUUCUCUCAGACACUUUGUUCUCUAAUGAACUACACACUCCGCUACUAUCAACCACUCGCCCAACUGCCUCAGAAGACAGGUAUCAGGAAUUAAGGGAGUCACUCCACCAAUGUAAGCUUCCAUGGGGUGCUGAAAGGGAAUAUGGUGGGAUUAUACCGAUUUCACUGCCUGAUGAACACAGGCCAAAAUAUGAACCUCCUUGUGUCAUGGGCAAAGGACAUCAGCAUUAUGGAUUUGGUGGAGAAACCUGGCCAAGAAAACUUCCUAUUGAACAAUACUAUUAUUUGACACGGAACCAAAAAAGUGACGUCUAUGGAAAUGAUUCCUUGUUGCCCAAACCAUCUAAUUCAACAAUAAGCGAAAUCUGCUUACCAUAUCCAAUUGAUCACCCUUACCAUACACACAUCUCUCGUGGAGCCAUGUUCCCGACCUUUACGUCACCUAAGGAGCUCUACAAUGGUAUUAAAGCCUGCACUCACCAGCCAUUUGCUCCCACGGUGCCAACCAAGACCUAUGAUUCAACAAUUUUGAAGACAAGAGGUAAUCCUUACAGAUAUGAACUGCUUGAUUUUCCCACGGAUUCAAAGAAGAAAUCAUUGACGUGGCCAGGUCAGGAUGUGUAUUAUGAUAUUCCUAAAUGUGCAGAGAAAAAUAAGCCAACAUUCUACCCAAAACCACCUAAAACUUUCGCUCCCAACACUUCUUUAAAUACAUGGGAUGUUCUUAAGUCCAUAAAAGAAGCCAACAUACGAAGAAAUCUUGAAAGGUCCCAUUGGAUCUCUUCAUACAAUCAUGAUUUUACAGGUCUGGGACCCAUGAACCCCCUUGAACUGGAUGAUUACCACGAAAAGGAGGUAGCAGAAUUAACUGGACAGAAAGGAUUUGACCCACAGCCUCAAGAAAAAUUCCACUCUAUUUUAAAACCCUUCAGACCCUUGGAAGGGCGAAUCGCCCGACUUACUCAGAAUCGACGUCCUCUGGAGGCUAUUAUCCAGCAAAGUCCACGUUCCUGUCCAGAUUGUACCCCUAAUGUUUUGUGUACUUUUCAUACCUUUAUACCCAGUUCUGUAGAAAUGAUGGCACUGAGUGAUAAUAUACCAGCUGACGUGACCCAUAAAAACCAGAAUAUUGAAGAGAAGAUCAAGGAAGAACAAAGCUUACUAUCUAACUACUCACUCAAACCUUCUUACUCAACAAAGGAUCUGACUAGCAUUUAUGACAUAAAACCAUUUCCAAAAAUCACAGAUACUAAAAAGACAGAAGAUUUGUACUGGAGACAGCUGUCAUCAAAACCCCGACCUAUAUCUUACUGUAAAUCAAGCGAAUACAUUCCCUAUGAAUGCUCUAAAUCUACCCUAUACAAUCCAUAUAAUAUAUGUAGAAACCGGGUUAGCUUUGCUAAACCUAGUCUUUUACAAACCAAACCAGACAUGGAAAUAAUCAAUUUAGAACGUAAAUAUUUAGGUAAGCCAGAAGAACAGCUGGGCUUGAACAUGGAAAAAAACGAAGAAAUAAGAUCUAUUCUGGGUUGGAUUCCUAAAGCUGGAGUGGCCAAGCCUCAGACCAACCUUCUGGAUCUUAAGAACUCUUUCUCAAAAACUGGUGCACAAAAACGUUUCUAUAAAUCAAUUCUAGACGACCAUAAAGACCUUAGGGAUAAGGUGAAUUCAGGGAUGAAACACCAAUUCUAUGGCCAUAAUUCCUAUGAUUUCUAUAAUUGA